AUGCCAACCAUUCGACUCGCUACCGCCUCUCCCGCAACUCAGCCCACGCUGAAGGAGACCCUUGCCCAGCUCGCGAGCAUCGCCCGCCGCGCCGCCACCCCAUCCGCUUCCAACUCGCAGCCGGCCGACAUUCUACUCCUCCCCGAAGCCUAUCUCGGUGGCUAUCCCCGCGGAUCGACAUUCGGCGCUGCGGUUGGUGGUCGUACCGCUGAAGGCCGCAACGAGUAUCUCGAGUACUUUAAGAGUGCUGUAGAUCUGGGUGAUAUUGUUGGAGAGGCCGGCGCCGGCGCUGGAGAUGCCUGGGUGAGGAGGGAGAUUGGUGGGAAGAGGAACAUCGCGGGACCUGGCCACAGCCAUGACGAGCAAGUAAGAGGCGAUGGGGCGAGGGAGGAGCUUGAGCGUAUCGCGAGGGAAACGGGCGUCUUCCUGGUCGUUGGGUUAGUAGAGAGAGCAGGCGGCAGUCUUUAUUGUGCCGUUGUCUAUGUAUGUCCGAAUAAGGGCAUUAUUGGCAAGCGACGCAAGGUGAUGCCAACCGGCUCCGAACGACUCAUCUGGGGCCAAGGCUCUCCCGCAACCCUUAAGGCUGUCACCACCACCAUCCGGGGUGUUCGCAUCAAUCUCGUCGCCGUCAUCUGCUGGGAGAAUUACAUGCCUCUAGUUCGCCAAACCGUCUACGCCCAGAACGUCAACCUCUACCUCGCACCGACCGCCGAUGCGCGCGAGACAUGGCUCAGCCUGAUACGCACCAUCGGAAUCGAGGGCCGUUGUUUCGUCGUAAGCUCUAACAUGGCUGUAAGGGAGUCGUCGAAACCCGCCGCCGCAGCUGUCACCGCCGCCACUGCCCACCAAGCAGUAACAGAUGGAGCUGGCGCCUUUUCCCACGCGAGCGACGAAUCGCCGCAUCCCAGAUCUCCCACUAUUCCCCGCCGAAACUCCAUCUUCGAUGAGGAUGGCAACGAGAUUGUGCUCCCGGUGAAGCACGCUGGUAGUCCCCCUGCGACGACGAGGAGGACUCCCAGAAGGAACUCGAUUAUCUGCGAAGACGGCAACGAAAUCAUCCUUCCUGGUCCGAAGUCUCCAACUUCUCCUUUCGCUUCCAAGUUCCUGCAGUCGCCUCCCCCUCCUCUUGCUCGACAUAUUGCGCCGCCCGCGGACAACCAAGAAUGGCUGAGCAGGGGCGGUUCGGUCAUCGUCUCGCCGUUUGGCGAUGUGCUUGCUGGUCCGCAGUGGGAAGAUGAUGAUGGCAUUAUCUAUGCUAGUGUGGACUUUGACGAGUGUAUUCGCGGGAGGCUGGAUCUUGACACGGCCGGCAGUUACUCGAGGAAUGACUCUUUCAAGCUCUCCGUGGAAGGACUGAAUCUCGAGGCACUCCCCUACUGA